AUGAGUUUGCCACUUUUAUACACUCUUUUUUCACUUUGUUAUUCUGAAAAAGUUGUCGCUCAUUGUAAAAACGUUAAAAACAACACGUGUACUCUAUGUUCGAAAAAUUACAUUUUAAGUAAAGAAGGUCAGUGUAUAUCAGAAUUUGAUUUGCACUGUUCUUAUCGUGUUAAUGGUGUUUGUCUUUUAUGUCAUCCGGGUUACCAAAUUAAUAUCACUACUCGAAAUUGUGUUGUUGGAGAUGAAUUAUGUACAUCAUGGUCUUAUCCAAAUUCAUUUAUAUGUCAGGAGUGUGUUAGUGGGUAUACUCUUCUUAAUCAAAAUAGAUGUGAAAAUUGUAGUUCCAUUCAAAGGGGGUGUUUAAGAGCGUUUGGGGAUUGCUCGAGGUGUUAUACAUGUCAAGAUGGUUAUUACCUUGAAAAUGAAAAAUGUAAAAGAGUAGCAAAUUGUCGUGUAUUUGAUUCAAAUAGAAAAUGUACUCUUUGUAUAGCUGGGUAUUAUUUUGACCUCGAAUCAAAUACGUGUGAAAGGGGGAAUAUUUCCAAGUGUAUUUUCUAUCAAAACAAAACUGUUUGUGGAAGGUGUACUGAAGGCUUGGUUCAAAUUGGAAAUUCCUGUGUUGAAGUCGACCAUUGUAUAGAAACCGAUGGACAACAAUGUUCUUUGUGUGAACUGGGUUAUUCGUUAAAUAAUUCCAAAUGUGAAAAAUGCAAAGAUAGCAAUUGUGCAACUUGUAUUGUCAACAAAGACAUGUGUACAAUUUGUUUAUCAGAGUUCAGAUUGACAUCUCAAAAGACUUGUUUGUUUUGUAAUGAAAGUAUAGGCUACAAGAUGUUUCAAGAUAAAUGUGUCAAAUGUGACUCUUCUUGUAAAAGUUGUGAAUUACAUUCUCCACAAAUUUGCACAGAAUGUGUAGGCACUUCUGUUCUCAAAAACGGAAAAUGUAUUCAAUGUGAAGAUGGAUGUAAAAGUUGCAAUUCCGAAAAUGUUUCAAUAUGCGAAGAAUGCCUUGAUGGUUUUAUAAUGAAUUUAGAUUCGAACACAUGUGUAAAGUGUUCGGGAAAUUGUUCGACUUGUCAAUUUGAAGACACCUCUCAAUGUAUUUCCUGUUUACCUGGAUAUUAUUUUUCUGAAGACCAAAAGAAUUGUUUUGACUGUUCGUUAAUUCAAUGUUCGGAAUUAAAUUCAAAAGAAAAAUGUGACUCAUGUUCAUCAAAAUGUAAAACAAGUGGAAUUGAUUUUAAAAAUUGUUUUGAUGUAAACUGUCUUGAUUAUAACAACGAAAGAAAUGUAUGUGUUGAAUGUAAAAAUGGGUAUUAUGUUGAUGACAAUUAUUCAUGUCUUCAGUGUGAUCAAAAAUGUGGGGAGAAUGGAUGUGUGAAAUUUAAGGAUUUCUGUCUCUUACCCCCAAAACAACCCAAUUGUGUCAUUGAAAUGGUUGAUAAAAAGUGCAAACAAUGUUCAUCACAAUCAUUUUCAGUACAAAAUGGAGUUUGUGAAAAAAGAGGAUUUUGUUUCAACAGAAAUGAUAAUGGCAAUUGCACAGCAUGUUCUUACAGUUUAAAUGGGAGAGAUGUAUUUUAUGAACCAUUUGAAAACGGACUGUGUAAUCUGUUAAUUGAUCCUAAUGUAAUCAUUAACAGCUCUGCACUUAUCUUCGUCUUUGCAAUCACUUUAAUAAUGUUCUUAUUUAUUUAA